AGCAACGACCAAUCGACAUAUACAUCGCCAUUCGACAGCCAGAAAAGCACCUUUUGGUAUUCUUAAUUCUUGUAUAUAUAGCACCGUCCUCAACAAACACAAUAUUCUGUUAUCAUUAUAGCUCCCUCGCUCUCACCGGCAAUUCAAAGACUGCGACAUGGCCGGGACUUUGCUUUCUGCUGAGGCUCUGCCGGCACUGCACAAGAGUGUGGAAGAAAUGUCCGUCGACGGCGACUCCCCACCACCACAGUUUAUUGUCAAAGAAAGCAGUAGUAUUGUUUCUACUUAUUCUUCUCCCUCAGUUCCUAUUCCAAUCGUUGACGUAAGCCUCCUCUCCUCACAAGAUUCAGAAGAGCUCCAGAAACUCAGAUCAGCUCUCAGCUCAGGGGGUUGCUUCCAGGCAAUAGGUCAUGGGAUUUCACAUUCAUUUCUUGACAAGUUCCGAGCGGUUGUAAAGCAGUUCUUUGCACUGCCAUUAGAAGAAAAGCAAAAGUAUUCCCGAGCAGCUGAUGAGGUCGAAGGAUAUGGGCAUGACAUGGUAUUCUCAGAGAAGCAGAUUCUUGACUGGUGUAGUCGCCUAUUUCUUAAAGUCUUCCCGGAAGAUGAAAGAAGAAUGAAUCUUUGGCCACAAACUCCAAAUGAAUUCAGGGAGAUGUUAGAUGACUAUGCUUCAAAAAUAAAGGGAAUUACUAAUAUUAUCUUGAAGGCCAUGGCAAAGUCACUGAACUUGGAAGAGAACAGCUUCUCGCGCCAGUGUGGAGACCGACCAAUAAUACAAGCAAGGUUUAAUUUUUAUCCUCCUUGUCCAAGACCAGAUACUGUUCUUGGUGUUAAAGCUCAUGCAGAUGGAUCGUUAAUAACAGUUCUGUUGCAAGAUGAAGAGGUAGAAGGACUUCAAAUUCUCGAAGAUGGAAAAUGGAUUAAGGUUCCUGUAAUUCCUCAUGCUCUAGUUGUAAAUCUUGGUGAUCAAAUGCAGAUAAUGAGCAAUGGAAUAUUCAAGAGCCCACUUCAUAGGGUACUGACUAACUCCGACAAGCUGAGGAUAUCGGUGGCCUUGUUUAAUUGGCCGGAGCUGGAUAAAGAGAUUGGACCUGUGGAUCAAUUGAUAGACGAGAAAAGGCCUAAGCUAUAUAGAGAUGUGACAAACUUCAAUGUUAUCAACUUGGAAUGUUAUCAGAAAGGGAAAAUAGCAAUUGAGGAGGUAAAAAUUUAAUUUUUACUUCCUCUGUAUACAUAUAUAUAUGUAUGUAUGUAUGUAUGUAUAUGGCUUAUCCACUGAUCUGCUGUUUGGAGCAAGCUGGUGAUGAGACUUUUAUGGUAUUCUGAUGCUUGUUCAUGAUUAGUUAAAAUAAACCAUGCAUAUUUAAUUAGUAGAGUAGUAGUAGUACUCA